GAUGGCCAUGCUACCUGCGGUAUCACCAAAGCCAUGGAGCAGGAGCUGGCCGAGUUUUUCGCUGACAAUGAGUUCAUCUACGACAAGAGCAAGGUGGACUUCAAAAACUCUAAGAAGAAGGAGCGCAAGUACAUGGAGAUGGCGGAAAAGCUGGGAGUCACCGUGGCCGACAUCAGACUAUGGUAUAAAAGCCAGAGGACCAUCCUGGGGAAGAUGAAGACCGCUGGAAAGAAGAGUUGUCAGAAGGCCAUCGUCCUUACCCACAGGCAGAGAUGGGUCAAUAAUAACCUUGGUUUUCUGACGAAGCACAUAGUCCAUCGGUCACAGGGCUGCCAACUGGGCCACCUCAGUGGCCGAAUUACUGAAGCCGCCUCCGACGAAGAGGGUUUAGAUGAGGAGGGUCCAGAUGCCAGCCAAGCACCCAGCUCCAACCAAGUCUCCAGCCAGGGGGCUGCACCUCCCAAGAAGAGGCAGAAGAGGGGGUCGCCCACCGAUGUGGACAAGGCCCUCCUGGAAUUCAUCAGAACAUCCACCGAGCAGACGGCCAUCCGGAGCCAGGUGGAUGCGGCACUCACCCAAGGCGCUGACGAGAGGCAGGCCUGGCUAGAAUGGAUGCUGCAGGCCGUCCGCCCACUCCCAAGACCCCUCUGGCGAGAGUUCACCAGGGACACUUUCAACUUGGUGAGCCGCUACCAGGAUCGGGCGGACCACCUUUCCACCACCCCAGUAUCUCGCCCCAGCACUCCCCAGAUGAUCCAGCCACUCAGGCCUCAGUCAGCGCCGAUCGGCUUCACCCAGGACGCUCCACCUGCUUCCUUCCUUGGGAUGCUCGGGCCAAGCAGCACCUGGACCCCUCAGAACCCUCAGGGAGGAUUUCAGCAGCCCAAUUUACAGGCCCCCUUCCAGCAGCAGCGUGCCCUCUUCCAGCAGCAGCACCCCCACUUCCAGCAAAAACAGCAGGCCCCCUUUAAGCAGCAGCAGCAAGGAGGCAGCAACAGCGCCAACACAUCAAUCAUCACCCAGUUGAACUUGUCAGAUGAAGAAGAUGAACAGUGAACUUUUGUUAAGAUUGCUUUUAUUGUUACUUGACGAACUCUCUCAACUCAAAUUAUAAUUUGACUAUUUUGGAACAUUUAUUUCAAACUUUUUUAAACAUUUACUCGGUGAAUAGAAUUCAUUUUCGUUAACAAAAUGUCUUGGAAAAAAUAUAUAAUUUUUAAAACAACAUGAUUAAUGACAAUAUAAAAUUUGUUAUAUCUGUACAUCUUUUUUAUUCUCAUAAAUCACGUUUUUUCAAAAAUGUUUUUUUUUUAUAUUUCAAAUACAUGCUAUUAAAGGAGAAUCAACGUUUAUUAUUUCAAACAUUUCAUUGUCAAAGAAAUUUUUGUUUAAAAUAAAUGUUGACAUGAUCAUUCAUUUCUUCUUUGAAAUGAUUCAUUCCACUAAAUCAAGGAGGCAGCAACAGCGCCGUCACAUCAAUCAUCAUCCAUUUGAACUUGUCAGACUUGUCAAAUAAAGAAAAUGAACAGUGAACUUUUGUUUGGAUUGUUAUUGUUACUUGAUGAACUCUCUCAAUUUAAUUUACAACUGACCCAUUUUGGAACAUUUAUUUCAAACUUUAUUCUAAACAUUAACAUGGUCAAUAAAAUUAAUUAUCGUUAAUAAAAUGUCUUUGAAAAAUAUAUAUCAUGUUUAAAACAACAUGAUUAAUGACAAAAGAAAAUAUGUUAUAUCUGUACAUCUUUUUUAUUCUCAUAAAUCACAUUUUUUCAAACAUGUUCUCCUUCAUUAUUUUAUUUCAAACACAUAUUAUUAAGGAGAGUUAACUUUUUAAAUUUCAAACUACCUUUCGAUGUAAAAGUAAUGUAUGUUUAAAAUAACUGUUGACAUGGUCAUUCAUUUCUACUUUGAAAUGAUUCAUUCCACAAAAUCAUGAUCGAAGUUUACAUGCCAUUUUUAUGGCAGAGUCUGUGCUGUAUCCCAAUUAGUGCGCCAAGUGGCAGUCUAUAUCAUGUGUUGUUGCCAGGGCAGGCUUCCAACUGGACUGUUGUAGUAGUGCUUCAGGUAAGUUCUCAGCUUCUUGCCCUCUUUGUUUGCCUGGUAGCCUCCGCCAACUCGUUCAACAUCCUGCAGAACUGCUGCGUUUCUCCAUGCCCCAGGGAUGUGGUUGCCCAACUCAUCUUCAUGGUCAACGUCAAUGUUCUGAAGCCCAGGAAAACGAUCUCUCAUUAGGUUGUGGAGGCACAUGCAGGCCAUGAUGACUGUCCUGGCUUUUUCUGGAUCAAGCUGUAGGGUACUCAACAAGCAUCUCCAGCGAUGGGCAAGGAUGCCAAAGCUGUUCUCCACCACACGGCGAGCCCUCGAGAGACGGUAGUUGAAGAUUCUCUCAUCGUCGGUCUGCUCACGGUUGGAGUACGGCUUCUGCAUCCAUGUCCUGAGAGGGAAGGCGUCGUCCCCAAUUAAGAAGUAAGGGGUGUCUCGGUCAUCAUCUGGCAGGGGCUCUGGAUCUGACAGGCCAAGAGUACCAUUCUCCAGUCCACGUCUCAGCGGGCUGUGGUUGAAGACCUGGGCAUCCGAUGAUGAACCGGGAUUACCAACGUCAGCCCAGAGGAACUUGUAAUUGCCAUCAACUAGGGCCAAGAGGAUGAGGCUGUAGAAACCCUUGUAGUUGUAGUAGAUCGUACCAGAGCCUGGUGGAUUUCUGAUGGCCACGUGUUUUCCGUCCAAGGCUCCGCAGACAUGAUGAAAGUUCCAUCUGUCAGCGUAAGUCCGUGCCACUUCUCUCCAUUCAUCUGGGGUAGUUGGACAGGAAAAUACUUCAUCUUGGUAUUCACUGAUGAUGGCCUGGCACACCUCUGGUAUAAACAGAGAGAUGGUAUUAUGGGCAACACGGAAGGCAUACUGCAGGGUUUUGUAGCUGUUGCCGGUCGCAAGAUAUCUCAAGGUGAUGGCCAGUUUGAGCCCAGGAUCCAGUGGCUGCCGGUAGCGAUAGGACUUCUCUAUCCUCGGAGUGAUGCGCUGCAACAGUUCAAGGAACGUUUCUGGUGGCAUCCUCAUGUAGUUCAGGAAGUCACCCUGACAUUCUCUCUGCAACUCCGUCAUCAGAUUAUCAUACUGUCCAAACAGCACACGUCUCUCAAUCCAGGGUUUGACCCACCACCUUCUUCUUUGCCUUGCAUGUCUUUGACGUCUACGGAUGAGUAAGGCCAUCAAUAUGACAUGUCUGUCUUGAACGUUUUGGAUUUGCCUUCUCAGACUUAGCAAAUGCAAGAGCCUCCCAGGAGCUAUUGAUCGAGCAGCAGCCAUGUUUACAGUAUGGAUGGUCCAGACAUUUGGGAUGAAAGCUCAGGAGUUCUCGAGCUUAUAUUGGGGGUGAAAAAAAAUCGUACAACGUUGCAAAGGGGGCAAGACAGGUCUUCCAAUAGUCUUAGGGUGGUACAACGGACUCGUACGACAGGAUGCAUCAUCGUACGACAUGAAAAUACUCGUGCAACACUCGUUCGGGGUCUUACGAGUGCGUGCAAAGUCGCACAACACUCGUACUGCCUGUCGUGCAAUUAUUUUUCAUCGCGUCAGUCGCUCAAAAUAUCGGAGCAGCACGGUUUUUUUUUCCCGACCGAGAUGCGACCAUUUUGUCGCAUCUGGAUCGUACAAUAAGUGGUACAACGGCUACAACGAGUCGUACAACGGGAAAAAUUUCGAGUCGCAAGCCGUUGUAGUCUGUUUGGCAACAAUUGUGAAAGGGG